CGAGUGAUACAACAAUGACUUUGAUGCUAAAGAAGCAAUAUGUGUGUGUGAUAUUGAAAAGUAAUAAGGUUUCUUUCGGUUUGACCCAAGCAUCGCUAGCAGCCCCUCUUCCCUUCCCUUUGUUCUAGUGUCUCUUCUCCCCUUAUUCUCUUCUCGUAUUCUUAUUUGUGCAUUUCUAUUACGGUCUUUUUCAUCUAUGUAACGCUGCUAUAUAUAUUUAUAUAGAUAUAUAGAAAUAUAUAUAACCUGAAAGAGAGAGAAAGAGAGCACAGAGAUGGCUCGACAAGCGACGAGGCUGAUCUUCUCCAACUUGUCUUCAAAACUUUGCCCUAACUCGAAUCACUCUGUCUUCUCGUCCCCUUCUCAUUCUCUGUCGCAAUCUCGUCUUUUCGGGGCGGCUUCUCCUGCCGUUUUCGUCGACAAGAACACUCGGGUCAUAUGCCAAGGGAUCACCGGCAAGAAUGGCACCUUCCACACCGAACAAGCUAUUGAAUACGGGACUAAGAUGGUUGGUGGGGUCACACCAAAGAAGGGUGGAACUGAACACUUGGGACUUCCAGUUUUUAACUCAGUUGCAGAAGCAAAAGCUGAAACAAAGGCCAAUGCAUCAGUGAUUUAUGUUCCUCCACCUUUUGCUGCAGCAGCUAUUAUGGAAGCAAUGGAGGCUGAGCUAGAUUUGGUUGUCUGCAUUACUGAAGGAAUUCCUCAGCAUGAUAUGGUUCGGGUGAAGGCUGCUCUUAACAACCAAUCAAAAACUCGGGUGAUUGGUCCAAACUGCCCUGGUAUUAUCAAGCCUGGAGAAUGCAAAAUUGGAAUUAUGCCUGGAUACAUUCAUAAACCUGGGCGCAUAGGAAUUGUUUCUCGUUCUGGCACAUUGACUUAUGAAGCUGUUUUCCAAACGACUGCAGUUGGCCUAGGGCAAUCAACCUGUGUUGGUAUUGGUGGGGAUCCUUUCAACGGGACAAAUUUUGUUGAUUGCAUGAAGAAGUUUCUUGCUGACCCUCAGACGGAAGGUAUUGUUCUUAUCGGUGAGAUUGGUGGUACAGCAGAAGAAGAUGCAGCCGCCCUCAUAAAGGAAAGCGGAACUGAAAAGCCUAUUGUUGCAUUUAUUGCUGGACUAACUGCUCCACCGGGUCGGCGCAUGGGUCAUGCUGGAGCUAUAGUAUCAGGGGGAAAGGGCACGGCGCAAGACAAAAUUAAGACCCUCAGGGAAGCUGGGGUCACAGUUGUCGAAUCUCCGGCAAAGAUUGGAGCUGCAAUGCUUGAUGUCUUCAAACAGAGGGGUCUUGUAUGAGUUUCAUACAGAAUCAUUUUGUUCUUUUUUGUGCAGACAUGAGAAAUUACCCAAUGCGCGGUGGACCUUAAAUUGGAAAACCCAUUUUUAGCAUAUAAUAACAGAGAGCUGCAAUGAGAAAAUUGCUUUGGUUGCAUAGUCCAUGAUUUAACCUUGGAAAGGUUUCAGAGACAGUGAUUUAUUUGUAAUGUUCGUUUUAUAAUCAUGUGGUGACAUGUGGUGACGUGGAUAUAUCAUUUAAAUAAUCAAAUGACGAUUUUAGUGAUUGUCUUUGCUAAAUGACCAUUUAGCAGACAAGUAGUUGGGAAAA